AUGCCGCGCAAGCAGCGCGCCGCCGAGGCCAAGGCCGCUGUCCAGCGUUCUGGUGACAGCGACGCAUCCUUCCACAGCGUGCCGCAUAGUCAGCAGAGCACCGGAUCUCGCCCAAUCAGCAUCGACCAGGACCAGGGGGCUGUCCUUGCAGCUGCGGUGGCGUCCGCGCGCGACGAUCCGGCGACCGUAUCGUACGUCAAGCCUCUCCUGGAUGGAUUCGCUCCAGGCAGCCCCGCGGAAGCGAUACGGGAGGCCGCAAGAGAGUUCACGAGACAGACCAUGAUCGCCGUUCGAAGCGGUCCGCCGGGCCCGCCCGCGCCCGCGGUGGCAGCGCUACAGAGCACACAGCUCUACGAGCUCAUCGCUCGGUGGGCCGACCACAAGGACUUCGGACACGACCGCUGCCCGAUCAGCGAAGCUAUCUACACCUGGGCUCGCUCCACCGUCCCAGCGCUGCGCCUCCUCGCCAUCCAGGUGUCGCCCAUCCUUGUAGGCGUUUACCUUGUACGGCAAAAGGCCGCCACGCUCGCGCUGCAUCCGCUGCCGGGCCUCGAGGCCGCGCUGAUCGCCCUCUACGAGCUCUCCUCGGAGCGGCGCCCAGUGCCGGACGUGCUCGCCCCCGUGGGGGACGGCACCCGCAUGGACCCGCAGGCAGUGGCCGCGAGCAUGACGGCGGCGUGCCCGCCGCACACCCGCGUGCUGCUCGGUCGCAGCGCCGAGGACGAGGGACACAUGCCGAAGACGUUGCGCGGCGUCCGAGGCUGGCAGCGCGAGCCGCUCGCCGCCGCCGUCCUGCGCCUUUUCGCCGCCAAUCUCGGCCUGAUCGAGGCCGUGGGGCCGCUCGCGGACAGCUGCCGGCGGAUCAGGCUUAUCGUGUCGAUGGGCUGCACGUGGGACGAGUCAGAGGACGCCGGGAAGCCGCAGACCCUGAACUACGCGAGCAGCUUCGCGCACCGUCGCCGGGGGUCGCGCUCGGCGAGCUUCGACCAGGACCAGCUGAUGGACGCGCUGUCGGGAGGGAUGUCUUCGAAGCCGCCCCUCCCGCUGCCGCCCGUGCUGGUGUCGGCGAUGUGCGAGGUCCUGGGUCACCUCGCGCUGCGCCUCGCGCCGUCCCCGCCGGGCUUCGAGCUGGGCAGCUACGAGCUCGUCAAGGACACGCACCUGUCGGACAGCGAGGUGGCGACGCUCCGGGGGGAGUUGAGCGCGGCGGUGGACGCGGUGCUGAUGCGGGCGACGGCGGACGUGGACCCACAGCAGAUGGUGAUGGCGCUGGCGCUGGCGACGCUCACGCGCGCGCUCAGUCAGGAGCACGUGGUGCCGGAGGGGCGCGCGGCGUGA